CUCUCUCUCUCUCUCUCUCAUUUCAACCUGAACUGUCUUCAAUUUUCUCAAUUGCUGUGCAGCACUACACACUGAUAAGUGACCCGCCUCCCACCAAUUCAAAAAUUUUAAGUGCGGCAAUCGCCAAGUGUUCGAGCCAGAGCUCAAAGGAGGUCGCAUUUGGGAAGUUCCCGCAUCAUCCGCGGCAAUGCCUGUUCCCGCUAAGCUCCAGCCCACGGCUAAGCCCGUGGCCGAGCCGCGAGCCGUCCUCGGCCCCGGAGGAAACAGAGUCGCUGUGGCUGAAGAUCAGAAGCGCCGGAGCCAGCCACAGAAGACGAGGAAGCUGGCUGCGGUGGUGCCGGCUUUAGCUGUGAGGAGCGGCGCCUCCGUGGACAGCACAUGCUCCUCUGACUCGAACUCAAGCAGCGCUUCCUCUGUGAAGAAGAUGGCAAAGUGCAGGAGGACGGUGAAGAGCAUCGGAGCAAGGGCGGCGGGACCAGUGUCCCCUCGUGCUGAGGAUGGUGGCGUUUCUGGUCCGUUCAAACGGUGCGACUGGAUCACAGCGAAUUCAGAUCCUCUGUAUACUUCCUUCCAUGAUGCGGAAUGGGGUGUUCCUGUUCAUGAUGAUAGGAAGCUCUUUGAGCUGCUGGUCUUUUCACAGGCAUUGGCGGAAUUAAGCUGGCCCAUGAUUCUACAGCUGAGGGAUGUAUUCAGGAAGUUUUUUGACAAUUUUGACCCAUCAUGUGUUGCUCAUCUUGAUGAGAAGAAAAUGCUCUGUGUGAAAGUAAAUGGCAAACCAUUGCUCUCUGAACCAAAGCUUCGUGCAGUCAUUGAGAACGCCAAACAGACCAUCAAGAUUCAGGAGGAGUUCGGUUCCUUCAGUAACUACCUUUGGAGUUUCGUUAAUCACAAGCCUAUAAGAAAUGGAUUCCGGUACGGUCGUCAAGUACCCGUGAAGACACCAAAAGCAGAGGUCAUUAGCAAGAACAUGAUGCGAAGAGGCUUCUGUUGUGUCGGGCCGACUGUCAUCUACUCAUUCAUGCAGGUCACAGGAAUGGUUAAUGAUCAUCUGUUGUCGUGCUUCAGAUACCAAGAAUGUAAUGCAGAUAUCAAGAGGGAUUUUAAACCUAAGACAGAGGAGACAGAAGCGAAAAACGAAGGUUCGGAGAGCCCGCGCCACCCAUCUUAAAGGCGAAACUCUUUUAGAUUAAAAACUUACCUCCUAACUGAUGACAAAAACUCCAAGGUACAUCACCUUCUAAAUCUGGUUAAUAGGGUCUCGAUCUGGUUGAGCAUUUGCAACUUAAUGAUGUUCCGAUAUUGAUAUUCUUCUCCAUUCGCUUGUAUAAUAUCUUGUGUAUUAAGAAACUAUUGACAUUACGAUAUGAGGAAUGCCUUGUUGAUGUACUGUUGUGAGAAAUUUAUCCACUUUGCCAUCUUUAU